GUUUGCAUGAGGAAGCAGCUGAGCUCGCUGCUCCACUGGUUUUGCAGGGGUACCAUGUUUCAGUUUCAAUACUCGGUGCUCGCAGCUAUUAGUAUGUAGGUAGUGAGCAACCUUCGAUAUGUGAAUACGUGCUGAUCGACCUUUACCGUGCCAUGGUUUCACCUCAAAGGGGCCUUCCUCAACCUGCCAAAAGUACAUGGAAAACUCGUUGGAUAGAUAGAGGAUCUGUUCGGUCCCGUGCACAAGCUUCUUCGCGGUCUCAUUUCAUCUGUUGGAGGCCGCCAUUUUGAUGGUGAUGCCAUGGAGCAACCGUCUGAGCUGUCACAGCUUCCGGGGGAGCUUCUUCUGAAGAUAUUCCAAGGGCUGGGACUGCACGACUUGCUGACUGUAUCUCAGGUCUGCAAGGCCUGGCACUUGUUAAGCUCCUCAGACUUACUCUGGCGGCCUGUGUGCUCUCAAACCUGGGCCCUGUGGGACACUCGCUUCCCAGACCCUGCCAGCCACUCUGAAACAGCAGGCGAGGCUUCCCGUGUAUGGAGUCGCGUCUGUCAGGAUCGGUGGAAGCUGGACGUGGAAUGUCGUCACCUUGUUUCCGAGAUGUGCUGGCCGCUCCGGCAGGCAACCGCUUUGCGCCGCCUCGUCGAGCUGAACGUUUUAAUCCUAGAAGAGGUACAAAGGCUGGCCAAUCGCUCAGAACCCUUGCAAGCUGGCACCCGCUACUUUGCUCGGGAGGCGCUCCAGCGGCUCCAAAAUCAUUUGACGGUCCAAGAGAUGAGUAGCUUAGUGGCGCUCCCUGCAAACCAGCUGGACCAGCAUCUGUUUCGAGGAGCUUGCUUGAUUGCAAAGCUGAGAUAUCCCGAGAUUGAUGUGGCGCAGCUGGAGGCUCACGUGGAUUCCGUAGCUUCAGUUGUCAGAGCGCGCAUCCGUCGGGACGUUGAGGUGACCCGGUGCGGGGGGCCUGCCACCCAAAGGGGGGCUCUAGCCGCGGUGCAGAUUUUGAAUGAGGCGCUGUUCGGUACGCCAGACGAGAACGCGGUUUCCGACGACGGGUUCUCGGGGCUCCAGCUGACUGGGAACACUCAGGAGUACUAUGUGCCCGAGAACUCGUUUCUCAACAAGGUGCUGGAGGGGCGAAAGGGCAUCCCGAUUACGCUUGCCAUCAUCUAUGCCACCAUCGGACGGCUGAGCGGCAUCCACGUGGACUGCAUCGGGAUACCGGCACACUUCCUUGUCCGGGUCGGAUCCGAAGGGUCCCCCGAGGAGCGCUUCAUCGACUGCUUCCAUGGAGGCAGACUACUCACACGAGACGACGUUGCGCAACUGCUGCGGUCGAUGGGGGUAGCUUAUCAACGGGAACUCCUUCGGCCGGCUGCAGCUGUGAGCGUGUGGGCGCGCAUGUGCAACAAUCUCGUGGAGGCGUAUCGACGGCAAGAGAACGACCCUGAAGGCCGGCCCCAGAUCCGGACGGUACAACGGCGGCUGCUGCGGACGCUGGACAUGCUGCUGGCCGUCUGUCCGCACGAGGCGGGCGCGCGCUUCUUGCGGGUCAAGGUUGAGCUUGCGUCACUCCAGUUUGAAGGGGCGUUGGAGGACAUACAGGCCCUUCUGAGAAUGGAGGAGGCCGGCCGGGAGACUCCCCCACGAGCACUGCUGCUCCAGUAUGUGCACCGCGCGCAGGAAAUGAAGCGCCAGCAUCAGGGCUGGUGCGAGGAAGUCCGCGCCCCGCGCCCCCCCGGGCUGCUCUACCGGGUGGGGCAAGUGAUGCACCACAUGCAGUACGACUACCGGGGCCUCAUCUUCGGGUGGGACCCGGUAUGUACCGCCGACGAAGAGUGGAUCCAGGCCAUGCAGGUGGACCGACUGUCCGGGGGACGCGCCCAGCCCUUCUACCGGGUGCUUGUCGACGAGCAGGAGAGGCGCAGCCAGUCUACUUAUGUGGCUCAGGAGAACAUCGAACUGAUUGCACCAACUGCCCAACCCUUGCAACUGGAGGAGUUUGGGAUGCACUUUUUGGGAUUCAGUGCCAACGGCGAGGGUAGCGGGGUCUAUGUGCCAAACGCUUACUUGCGAUACCGCUACCCAGAGGACUUUGCGUGAACACAGUUCCAGCGCGCUACAGACAGCGAACUGCGCUAAUAUUCACAAGCUGGACCAGGAGCCAGGGCUGCGACCGUAUGCAUGCUCCUCCAUAUCGCGCGCAGAUCAAUCAUUGAGCUUUUGUGGUUAUUGUCUAGAAGGAGUUUUGAGCUACGGUUUAUUUGCGGGUAGCCCUCCACGUGUGCACAACCUCCACAAUUAAGAUAGGGAUAGGGAUAGGUAUAGGUGCUUUUCAAAGUGCAUCAUUGCACUACGUUAAGCCUAGGGUAAUAGAGACACGUGUUGGUUUAUUAAGCAUCUUCAAGAUCAUCGGGUCCGCUAAUAGCGGGAACGAACAAGACUGCUACUCUCAUCGACGGUUCAUAGGGUAAGAGAUUGGCUGGGGAGUCAAGCGGUCAACCGUGCCAGUAUCUUAGCCGUAAUCAGCGGAUAACCGAUGAGUUACGCUUUUGCUCUAGGUCAUUUUUGUUAUAGACGCAGUUUGAAGACGUUUUGGCACAUAGAACUCUGUUUUGUCUUCGAGUAAGUUUACUUUUAACAAUCACUGUUUCUCACAGUUACGUUAGUGAUAUAGGUGGGAUAUGUACUUCUCGUAACACUUGUCCCAAUAGUUGCAGCCAAUUGCAACACGUGCGUGCUGUAUCGAACUUACCUAGAUGGUGUACAUCCAGGUUUCUGCAACUUCCAUAAACAUUCAACUCGCAUG